GCGCGGGUUUUACCUGCUCUGCUGUCUGUCUCCACCGCCUCGUCAACCGGAAGAAGAACCUUUGACCCGGGACUGGUGACGUGUGUACAUCCGGGUCACCGCUCGGAUCCGCCGCUCGUUUUUCAUUCAGUGUUUCCAGCAGCUUGUUGGGGGUGCCAGCAGCAGAAGAAGAUAAAGAAAGAUGUCUGACGAUGAGGACAUGGCUCCGGCUGUGAAGAAGAGUCGUGUUUUCUAUGGGAGCCUGGAGGAGAAGGAGCGCGAGCGUCUGAGCUCGGAGGCGGCGAGAGGAAGUGAUGCAGUUAAGGCGGGCAUCGAGGCGGGGAACAUCAAUAUCUCGUCAGGAGAGACCUUGGAGUUGGAGGAGCGGGUCAGCGAGCGGCAGCAGGAGGCGCUUGCUGCUUUUGAGCGGCGGCGGCGAGCACGGCAGAUCACCGUCUCCACCGACGAUGCCGAGGUGAAGGCCGGCCUCCGGGCGCUCGGAGAGCCAAUCACGCUGUUCGGAGAGGGACCAGCUGACCGCCGCGAGAGGUUGCGCAGCGUUCUUUCUGUUGUCGGUCCAGACGCCCUGAAGAAGUCGAGGAGAGACGAAGAACGAGCCAAGAGAUCACAGGAGGAGUGUCAGCAGACCUGGUACCACGAAGGCUCCGCCUCCCUGAAGGAAGCUCGCCUCUGGUUGGCCAAAUACUCUCUGCCACGGGCGGUGAAGCGUCUGGAUGCUGCUCGCGCUCAGAGGGAGAUCCCCGAGGCAACUAGAGCCAUCCGGCAACAAGAGCUGCACAAGAGCCUGAGGAACCUGAAUAAUUUCUGCAGUCAGAUCGGAGAUGAUCGACCAAUCAGCUUCUGCCACUUCAGCCCAGACUCCAAGAUGCUUGCCACGGCGUCCUGGUCCGGGCUGUGUAAGCUGUGGUCGGUGCCAGACUGCAGCCUGAUUCGCUGUCUCAGAGGACACAACACGAAUGUGGGCGCCAUCGUCUUCCGCCCUCAGGCUGGCGUCUCCCUCGACGAAUCAGACGUCAGCUUGGCCUCUUGUGCCGCCGAUGGGACGGUGAAGCUCUGGAGCCUGGACAGCGAUGAGCCAGUGGCGGACAUCGAGGGUCACAGUGAGAGAGUCUCCAGAGUCUCCUGGCACCCGUCAGGACGCUUCCUGGGCACCACCAGCUACGACGCCUCGUGGCGUCUCUGGGACCUGGAAGUCCAAGAGGAGAUCCUGCACCAGGAGGGACACAGUAAAGGAGUUCAUGACCUGACCUUUCACCCCGAUGGCUCGCUGGCUGCUACUGGAGGCCUGGAUGCAUUCGGCAGGGUGUGGGACCUUCGGACGGGACGCUGCGUUGUCUUCCUGGAGGGACAUCUGAGAGACAUCUACAGCACGCACUUCUCUCCCAACGGGUAUCACCUGGCGACAGGAAGUGGUGAUCACACCUGUAAGGUAUGGGAGCUGAGGAACAGGAAAUGUCUGUACACAGUCCCCGCCCACCAGAACCUGCUGUCAGCCGUCCGCUUCCAACCCACAGACGGUCACUUCCUGUUGACGGGAGCGUACGACAACACAGCGAAGGUUUGGAGCCACCCGGGCUGGACGCCGCUGAAAACGCUCGCCGGACACGAGGGGAAGGUGAUGGGCGUUGACGUGUCACCGGAUGGGAAACUGAUUGCCACCUGCUCCUACGACCGCACCUUCAAACUCUGGCUGUCAGAGUGAUGUCACUGUGAUGUCAGCGUGAUGUCAUAGCAGCAGUACACGAAACUAUUUUUUAUGAAAAGGAUGAAAGGAAAUGUUUCAUUCUUGUGUUUUCUUUUGUUGUUUUUUUAAAUAAAAGUUUACAUUUGGAA